AUGACAGUAACAAUUCGCUGGAUUAACAAUCAAUCUACUCGUGGUUCAAACGUUCUCGUGGAGAGGGGAAAUGGCGAACAAGUUCGUGUGAACAAGGGGGGAUCCGUAGAAGUUAAUUGGAACAUACCUUAUUGGUCGUCUGGAGACAGAAUGAUCGUCAAUAAUAACGGUCCACGAAUUUGGAUAGCGGAUCGCGACAAUGCUCUCCAGACAUCGAUCGAUGACGGUCCUUGGCAUCACUAUACAAGCAUCCGUGGUGGCGACCAGUUCGGAUUAAUAAUCAAGGACGACGGCGUCUUAUUUGCAAAAAUUUAG